AUGGGGGCGGUCAAGGAAUGGUUCAACAACUGUCGAGAAUCACGAAAGUUGAUUCUCUUUAUCGUCGCCAUAGCUCUGCUCCUGGAUAACAUGCUCCUCACGACUGUGGUGCCGAUCAUCCCGAAGUACUUGUACCUAAUUCGCCACCCAAACACCACGGCUCCUCCACCGCCCACGACCAAGCCCACGCCCACGCCCCCGGAAAACAUCACGACAGUCCUCCCGGCUUAUCUCGUCAACACAAACAAUGACCCUGGCAAGCCGCCGCCCACGACCGAAUUCCUGACGAGGACGGAGAGGCCGCCCGACCUGCCGUCGUCGACUACGACCAAGCCCCUCAGGGGCUCCGAGCUCCUGGGCAUGAACCACGAAGACCUGGUCAACGAGAACGUGGAGGUGGGCCUGCUGUUCUGCUCCAAGGCGGUCGUGCAGCUCAUUACCAACCCUAUCAUUGGGCCGCUGACGCACAGGAUUGGCUACAGCAUCCCGAUGUUCACUGGCUUUGUCAUCAUGUUCUUGUCCACGCUGAUUUUCGCGUUUGGGUCAAGUUAUCCGGUGCUGUUCGUGGCUCGGGCGGUGCAAGGUAUCGGCUCUUCCUGCUCGUCGGUGUCCGGAAUGGGCAUGCUGGCGGAGCGCUACACGGACGACAAGGAGCGCGGCAACGCCAUGGGCAUCGCGCUGGGCGGGCUGGCGCUGGGCGUGCUGAUCGGGCCGCCCUUCGGAGGCGUCAUGUUCCAGUUCGUGGGCAAGACGGCGCCAUUCCUCAUCUUGGCUGUGCUGGCUUUGGGCGACGGACUUCUACAGCUGUGGGUGUUACAGCCCGCCAUUGUUAAGCACGAAGAAGAGGCGCCGACUUUUGGAGAACUUAUCACGGACCCUUACAUCAUUAUUUCUGCUGGCGCCAUCACCUUCGCCAACAUGGGAAUCGGGAUGCUGGAGCCUUCCCUUCCGCUCUGGAUGAUGGAUACGAUGGCCGCACCCGAGUGGCAAAUCGGCGCCGCCUUCAUCCCGGCCUCGAUUUCCUACCUGAUCGGCACCAACCUGUUCGGGCCCCUCGGACAUCUGAUGGGCAGGUGGCUCGCCUCUUUCAUCGGCCUCAUUAUUAUUGGCAUCUGCCUCAUGAGCAUCCCCAACGCCACCUCCAUCAACCACCUGAUCGCCCCGAACGCCGGCCUCGGCUUCGCCAUCGGGAUGGUCGACUCCUCGAUGAUGCCGGAGCUGGGCUACCUGGUGGACCUGCGCCACUCGCACGUCUACGGCUCCGUCUACUCCAUCGGCGAUGUGGCCUUCUGUCUCGGCUUCGCUAUCGGCCCGGCACUGUCUGGCACUCUCGUCCAGAAGUAUGGCUUUAAGUGGAUGUUGUAUGGCAUCGCUAUCAUCAACUUCCUCUACGCGCCCCUCAUGUACUGCCUCAAGUCGCCGCCGGCCAAGAACCCCGGAGAGCGGCAGGGACUGAUAUACGGCGAAAAGUCAUCCGUUCGCUACGUCACCUACAAGAACGAGGACGAGGAGGAGAACUGAGCGCCCGAGGCCUCCCCCCUCAUCAAAGGAGUCCCGCUUGGCUUGCCGUUUUUGCGCUUUUGGUGGAAGCAAUUUUGUUUAUUUAUUCUUGAUCAAGAAGAAGAAGCCAAGGGGGGAUAUAAUUUUUUUUUUCUCUCUCUUUUUUUUUAUUUCUUCUUCGUAAAUGGGUAUAAGUACGUUUGUGUAAUGGAAACGAGGCUAGAUUGGAUGUUCAUUAUCUAUUCAGAUUGCUGUACUUGUUGUUUCCCGCCCCUCUCCAGCUUGCGUUAUAAUAACCGGGCUUGACACGAGUGAACUGGGCAGCGUUCGUUCACGUUCGCAAAUUUUGGCGUGAAUGAGGGAUGCCGCCAAACUGACGUGCAAUUUUGAUUAAUUGCAUUUACAUCGCUGAAGCCGAGAGACUAAGCGAAAUAGCUGAUAUUGUCAUACUGAUGAAAGUAUAUAUAUGAAAAUGCACACAAAACUGUGCAUAAGCAUACAUAUAGCUCGCGCUUCAAGCUGUUUUGUUCAAUAUCGAACAAAAAUGAAAACGAAACCUGGGACCCUUUACAGUGUAACAAGGUCACUUUCCCUUGCCUACACUGAAGCCACUACAGUGUAGUAUAAGCACCUUGUAAGCAGUAGCUAGGAAAGACCCUAGACCCUGAUGUAUGUAACCUGAGAAGCAUAUUCUAUAACAGAAAAGAAUCAUAUACAUAUAUAUCUGUACUUACGACUCCACUUUUUUAUACGAUCAACCCAGAACAACGACAUGAAACACAGCCGUUUAUAAACGACCGAACAUUUUGUAGAAUUGUUGUAUCUGAGGAAGACUAUAAAGAAAAACAAACCCGACUUUGUGUGAAGUGUUCGAAUCGCUCGAAUCUUCAAGGAAAGGAUCGACCCCACAAUGCGUGGGAAUGCAUUUUUUCUGCUUCACUAAAGCCAAGGAUCCAAAGCACAGGUGAUCAUUUUUACCUUCUCGUUUGAAAAGAAGUCCAUCAGACUUUGAAAAAUCCCGUUUUCUCUUCUCUUUUUUAUAGAUUUUUUUUCUCUCGGAGGACUCGGCCUCACGGUAUACAAGUUCGAUCAGUGUUUCGUAUCAGUAUGAAACAUUUCUCAUUCGACCUCUCCUUGUUUCAUUGUGGGCACAGUUCGUCAAAGUAGAGACAAACACUAUCACCAAUACGUUCUUCGUUUCUUGCAUAGAUGUCUAGCUUCUAGAACAAUUGAAAUUCAAAUUGCCAUUGCUACAUUUGAGCACACUCGCACCAAGUUAAUCUGGCAACAUUCUUUAGACGCACUUUGUCAGCACUGAAUGCAUGUCAGCACACCACUAGCACCAAGACACUGCACAUCUAAAUUUGCAAACAGCAAGCUCCUGCACUUGCACUUUGCCAACAAUGAUUAUCCGCACUGCCUCCGCAAUGCCAACACCGAGCACAUGCACGGCCACUUUGACAAAAUUGGCGCUAGCUUACACCUUCACUGAUGCUUUGCACACAUAAACGUCUAUCGCUAGGUGCUUAACACCCCCCAACUACGCACUGAUAACACUCUUUACAUUACUUCACUACAAAAGUUUUAGCAGCUUUUAGCAUUGUAUUUUGCACGCUUCAGCUUACUGUAGCCGGAAUAGACUCACCCUCUAUAUAUUCUGCUAAACAGUUGUUGUAUACAUGUAUACCUUUACUCCACACACAGACUGCAUGCACGCGUACACUCAAGGUCUAAAGUCCCUUCACGUGACCGGAGCCUCGUAACACCUCAGAGCAAGUUGCUUUAACUGAUUCUCAAGACAACAUUCGGGACAUGUUUGGAAAGGACUUAGGAAGGAGACUGUACACAGACGCACGCACGCACAUGCACACGCACACACAUGCUUUCAUUCAUGUGUGUACACAUAUACAUAUGUAUGCAUCCAAUUGUACGCACACAUACAGUUAUAGUAGUCCCCACAGAACUGAAUGUCUAUGCACAUACAUACGCGGACACAAACUAGCGUGUUCACACACACACACACACACACAGACACACACACACACACACACACACACACACACACACACACACACACACACACACACACACACACACACACACACAUGCACGCAUGCAUUCAUGCAUAUGCAUAACUAAGUAUAAAAGACACAUGAACGCAAAUACAUGCACAACACCAAGGACAUAUUUAAACACAUUCUGAAAGCACAUUUGAAACUAAUACAAUUCCAUUACAUAUGCACCGCAUCGCUAACGUAUAGCACUAAAACUAUACACAAAUAUCUAAGACCUCUUAAAAAUCCGGAAAAUCAUCGGUGAGUUUCGGGCAAAUAAAAGAUCACAAUCCUUGGCGCUUGUCUUCAUACUAUAGCGGAAAUGUUUGUCUCACAUCAUACAAUAAUAGGGAGGCACAGCAAUCUACCUGGAUAUAAAAAAAAUAUAUAAAUAAGUAAAUACAAAUAAAUAAAUACUAAUAAUGACAUUCACAACUGAUCUGAUAAGCUUAAAUAAAAAACACUGUGCAAUGUACCAUGAUUGAAACGUGCACACCAGAACAUGAAUAUUGAUUCUUGCAUAAUAACAUCAUUUAGAAUAGGCACGCUUAACAUCGCAGUAUUUAAGGGAAGCACACUGUGACAGUAUUCCUUGAUGAUGAAACGCUCUCAACAUCCAUUCAUGGUAGGGACACGGAUAAUACGGUGGUUAUCAUGGCAGAGGAUUAUAUGUAACCUAAUACCAUGAACGGGAAGCACUUUUAACAUCAUUACAUGGUAGGGAAUUACAUGUAAUAACUGGCAAUGAUAACAGAACGCCAAGAAAAUCAUAAAGCAUAAAAUAACACAUUAUGAAAGGGAAGCACAAUGAACAUCAUAUUAGUCUAAUGAACCACUUGAAAUAAUGUUCCUUAUCAUGGAUGCACAUUCAAAUUCAUAUUCAUGGAAAGAAAAUAGGGAAGCAUAACAUCGGCAUAUCAUGGUAGAUAAUAUUACGGUAUUCCAUUAUGAUAGAGAAGUUAACAUAACAAUAUUAGGGAAGCACACACAAGAACUUACAGCAUAUCAGUAUAUCUUGUUUAGGGUGCAAAUAAUCAUGGGACAAUAUAACAAUAUAUAUAUAUAUAUAUAUAAUGCACAAACAUAAAAAAGUUAAAGAUUAAGUCACGAUAUAUUAAGGUAUCAACUUGAUAGUCCUGACCUUGCUUGCAACAUGACCUUCCUUAGUGUGUAGGACUUGGGAUAACCGAGGGCAAAGAAAAGAUACAUUUCCUGUUUAGAGGAAAAGAUGACAUGCAAAGGAUGCUUUUUUCCCGGCAUGAUAGGAAUCCAUGCAAGCGGCGGCGAUCAGAGACGGGAGAGAUAACGAGUGAGAUGGCAUCGUUAAGAAAUAAGAAUAAGGGGCGCCAUGCAGAUCGAGAAGUGCCGUGCCGGUUGGCCAGUUAAACCCACGAUCAGGAAUCUCUUAAAAGGAUUUUUCUAGGCGUUUCAAAAGCUUCUUCUAAACUAUACAUAUAUUCAACAUGUACCACUUCAUGGCCUUUCUGUCCAGUGUGAAUGGCUGCACACUGUAUAUAGGCCGACAUAUGUGGCUUUCUUUUAAAAUAGGACAUUCACUACGAGGAAAAAUGCGGUUCAGACGUGGUCUCUGGCAACCGGAUGCACUAAUCCAGGUAAGGUAACACGGCGCCCUUUCGUAAAAGCUUGUGGAAGAAGAUGUGGUCGACGAUUUCUUUAGAAAAAUCCCACAGUGAGUCUGAUCUCUGUCACGCCACCGCUGAGAGGAGAACCUAGAGCCUAAAGCAUCCUCAGAAAGAAACGAGACAAAAUCAGAGGAGGUGAAUUGUAGAGUAACGAAUAACCCAGCGCCCUCUCUAAGGUUUCUGUAGAUGUUUCGAUAUCUACCGUCGUCUGACGAUUGCUGGUUUAACUAUAAUAUGUCAGUAUUUUUAAGAAAGUAAACUAUCGUAGGUUAUUGUCAGAAAUGUGUCAACAGGAAACUUGAACAGCCGAACUUUGUACAUUAGGCCAGUGAAUGGUAACCAAAAAUUGACAGUAAGAAGGAAUAUGAUGAUGAUAGUGAUUGUGGCAUAAAUUUGAUAAUGAUAUAUCAAUCUGGCGUAUUACCUUUGCAGUUUCUAUUAUUACAUAAUAUUGGUAGUAAAGUAAGGGUUAAAUAUAACAAUAUUUAACCGGAUACAAGGCCAGCAUUCAUAGAAGAGAGAAAAUAAAGACCGAGUGUCAAUUAUAGAAAAGAAGAAGAAAACGGAAAUGGAACACACGAGAGGAGAUUUCGUCCAACUUCCUCAAAAUUUCUGGAAAGAAAAUCGGCUUUGGAUCCUUGGAUAGCUGACGGCGGAAGAAAUGCACGGAGAAUGAAGAUGAAAUGAAAAGGAAUAACGAAAGACUGAAAAAGAAAAAGAAGGAAAGAAAGAAAGAAAAAAAAUCUGAAAUACAUGAAAAAAACGACAGACUUCUCCCUCCCCCCCCCCUCUUUUGGCGGGGUGGAGGGGGAUACGAACUUAUUAUUAUUUUUUUUUUUCAACUUCAAACCCGAUUGUGACAACUUUUCUCCUGAACAUUGCGUCUUGUUUGCGACUCGUCUCCCAUCCACACCUUGGCGCACGUGACGUCAAGCUGACGAUACAAAGGAAAUUAGCCAGACCGUGAAAACAUAUAGAUUAUAAAACAACAACUUGACAGGCUCCAGGCGGGAGUUGACUGCAUAAGUGUUGUAUUUGCUGUGAUGAAGAAUUUAAAAAAAUCUCUGUGACGUGUAGCCGUUUAUCAGUAAAGGAUACAUGUUCAA